UGGCGGGGGCAGCUGCUGCUGCUUUGCUCCAUCUCGGAGCCUGUUCUGCAUCUGGACCCACGGCCCCUGCGCGGCUGGUGAGACCGGGGGCAGGUGGCCUGGGCUGUGCUUGUGAGACCAGGGCGGACUUGCUGCGUGCCUGGAGCCUUGCUCCCUGCGCUCGCCGGUCAGUGGCUUUGCCUGCGGUCCGGACGUGGCUGGCAAGGAGCACAGGGGUGGUGCGGACACCCCAACAGUGCGUGUGGCUGUGCCCUGACGGGGAGCUGCCUGUUCCUCCGGUUGUACCAAUAGUGCCAGUGCUGGAAGCCCCGAGGAAAGCAGGAGUCAGACGCGUGAGCCCUUGGGGACGUUUCUGAGCCAUCUCUGCAGCGGUGCAAGAAGCAGGACGCAGAGCCAGGGAGGGAAGCAUCCUUGGCUCUAAUCAAAACAGGGAGAAGCCGGGAGUCAGUGGAGAGAAGAUAGUGUGCAAGCGAUUGGAAAGGGGAGGAGGUGGGGACUACAGCUGCCAGACCACGGCAUGCUGGGCUGGCUGAUCCCAAGUGGGGACGGGGUGCAAGGACUGGGGAGUACCAAGUGCGUUAGGUCAGAGCAGUCAGGCUAGAAUGGCACCUGUAACAGGGCAGCCCCGUGCGUGGGGCUGAACAAGUCCGAAGCAGUGGGGGGCCUACAAGGGCCUCAGUUGGAGAGUUCUGCCAGCUACAGUCAGCUGAAGAGCAAGCGCUGGGCAGCUCCUGGCGUGUGUCCCCCAGGUCACUUGUUCCUUGCCAGAGAGUUUGCCCACAAAGAGUCGCCAAGAUAGCUGGGCCAGGAAGAAAGCGUCGAACCCCUGACCCAGACUCCAUCACUGACCCCGGCGGGCCGUUCGUCUCCUCCAAACGGCUGAAAAUGUCCAGCAGCACCAGUGCCCCAGGCCAGAGGCGAGCGUCCCGGGGGCUGGAGGAUGCAACCAACAAGAAGAAGCAGAAGGACCGAGCCAACCAGGAGAGCAAGGAGGGCGAGAGAGGCCCUGGCAGCGACCCUAAGAAAGACCUGCUGCUGGACUGGAAGCAGAACGCUGACGAGGUCAUUGUGAAGCUGAACUUGGGCAGCGGAGCCCUGAAGUUGGAGGAGGUGGAUGCUGCGUUCACAGACACCGACUGCGUGGUCAGGCUGCCAGAUGGCCGCCAGUGGAGUGGCCAGUUCUACGGGGAGAUCGAGAGCUCCUGCAGCAAAGUCCAGGGUAAGAAGGGCAACUUCCUGCAGCUGGUGCUUCAGAAGAAGAUCCCCCUGCACACCUGGGCGUCGCUCCUGAAGAAGCGGAAGGACGGAUCCAAGGAGCUAGCCAAGGGGGCCGGGCGCCAGAAUGCGAAGGAGCAGGCCCCGCCCGCACAGGCCACCCCCGAGGAGCCGGCCAGGAGCAAACGGGAGUUCCCCAACUCAAAGCCAGCUCCAGGGAGGGGCGAGGCCCCAGAAGGGAAGAGCCCGGCCAGCCCCGGGCUGCAAAGCGGGCCCAGCGCCAAGCGGGCCGGGUACCUCAAGGUGGCUCUGAUGGAGGAGGAGCCAAAUGCCGGGGUCCCUGGGGGCUUGGAGCCUGGCAAGGGACCCAGCCGGCAGGACGGCCGAGCAGCCUGCGGCGAUGCUGCCACGGGCCUGACCCCGCCUCUGGUGAAGGCCGACGUGCUGCAGAAGGAGCCCGGACUUGUGGGGAUGCAGCCGCUUGCUGCCCCUUCGGAGAGCUUCCCCCAGCACAUGGCACCCUGCCCGGAGAAGAGAGCCCUGCAGCCGGCCGCUUCCCAGGGCCUGGCAGCCCUCGGAGAGGCUGUCCUGGCCCCCGCCUCCCCUCCGCUGAGCAGAGACGACUGGUCCAAGGAGGAUGUUGCCCUGGAAGCAGCAGCGGAUGAGCCAGAGCCUAUGGUGAGCCUGACCUUGGUGAAGAACGACUCGUACGAGAAGGGGAGUGAUUCAGUGGUGGUGCACGUCUACGUGAAGGAGAUCCACAGGGAGAGCUCCAAGGUGCUGUUCCGGGAGCAGGACUUCACGCUGGUGUUCCAGACCAGCGAUGUGAACUUCCUGCGACUGCACCCCAGCUGCGGCCCCCACACGGUGUUCAGGUGGCAGGUGAAACUCAGGAACCUCAUUGAGCCGGACCAGUGCACGUACAACUUCACCGUCUCCCGCAUCAACAUCUGCCUGAAGAAACGCCACAGCCAGCGCUGGGGGGGGCUGGAAGCCCCGGCUGCACGAGGUGCAGUGGGUGGUGCGAAGGUUGCCAUGCCAACAGGCCCUACCCCUCUGGAUAAGAGCCAGCCGGGCAGUAACCAGCAUCCCCUGUCCAGUAAGGAGGAGGCUCGGGCAGGGGAGAAGGAGAAGCCCAGAGCAGAGGAUGGUGGCCUGGAGGGUGUCGUGGCCCGGACGGCCACAGAGCACGUCCCAGUGAAGCAGGAACCGCACGUCCCAUCGCCCCCACAGCAGCGAGAGGCCCCGCUCAGGCCUCUCCCUCGGCCUUGGCAGCCCAAGCCGAUGUGCAUGGUCCCGCCGAUGACUCACAGCCCGGUGAGCAGCGAGAGCGUGGAGGAGGACGAGGAGGAGGAGGAGAAGAAGGUGUGUCUGCCGGGCUUCACGGGGCUGGUGAAUCUGGGGAACACCUGCUUCAUGAACAGCGUCAUCCAGUCCCUGUCCAACACGCGGGAGCUGCGGGACUAUUUCCAUGAUCGCUCCUUCGAGGCGGAGAUCAACUACACCAACCCGCUGGGCACGGGGGGGCGCCUGGCCAUCGGCUUCGCUGUGCUCCUGCGGGCGCUCUGGAAGGGCACCCACCACGCCUUCCAGCCCUCCAAGCUGAAGGCAAUCGUGGCCAGCAAGGCCAGCCAGUUCACGGGCUACGCCCAGCACGAUGCCCAGGAGUUCAUGGCCUUCCUUCUCGACGGCCUGCACGAGGACCUGAACCGCAUCCAGAACAAGCCCUACACGGAGACGGUGGACUCGGACGGGCGGCCCGACGAGGUGGUGGCAGAGGAGGCCUGGCAGCGGCACAAGAUGAGGAACGACUCCUUCAUCGUGGACCUCUUUCAGGGCCAGUACAAGUCCAAGCUGGUGUGCCCGGUGUGCGCCAAGGUAUCCAUCACGUUUGACCCCUUCCUCUACCUGCCGGUGCCCCUGCCCCAGAAGCAGAAGGUGCUGACUGUCUAUUACUUUGCGAAGGAGCCGCACAAGAAGCCUGUCAAGUUCCUCGUCAGCAUCAGCAAGGAGAACUCCAGCGCUGCAGAGGUGCUGGACUCGGUCGCCCACAGCAUGCGUGUGAAGCCAGAGAACCUGCGCCUGGCAGAGGUGAUCAAGAACCGCUUCCACCGCAUGUUCCCGCCGUCCCAGUCGCUGGACACGGUCUCCCCCACAGACCUGCUCCUGUGCUUCGAGGUGCUGUCCCCAGAGCUGGCCAAGGAGCGGGUGGUGGUGCUGCAGGUCCAGCAGCGUCCCCAGGUGCCCAGCGGCCCCAUCAGCAAGUGUGCGGCCUGCCAGAAGACGCAGCAGGCAGAGGACGAGAAGCUGAAGCGCUGCACUAGGUGCUACCGAGUGGGCUACUGCAACGUGGGGUGUCAGAAAACGCACUGGCCAGAUCACAAAGCCCUGUGCCGCCCCGAGAACAUCGGCUUCCCCUUCCUCAUCAGUGUGCCGGAGUCGCGCCUCACCUACUCCCGCCUGGCCCAGCUCCUGGAGGGCUACGCAAGGUACUCGGUCAGCGUGUUCCAGCCUCCUUUCCAGCUGGGCCCGCAGCCCCUGCUCCCCGAGAAGCUGGACCUGCCUGCGAGGAGUAGCUGUGGGGCUGCCCCCCCUGCCCCAGAGGCGGGGGAUGCAGACAGGGCCCCUCACCGGCAGGAGCCUCAGCUCUCCACCCCGGAGCUGCACCCGGAGCUGGGGGAGGCCAGCGCAGUGCCCAGGAGUUCCGUGCUCAGCUCGGACUCAGGCUGCUCUGAGCACUCCCUGGAGGCGCAGGGCGAGGGCUGCUGGGCGAAGGAGCCGUCCUACGAGCGAGGCCCCAAGCCUGAAGCUGCCGUCCCCGGAUACCAGCAUGCGCCCGACGUGCUCAGUGCCCACGCCACCCAGUUCUACAUCAACACGAUCGACGGAGCCAGCCGAGAGCACAAGCUGGAGGAGAAAGGCGAUGCCCCGCUGGAGCUGACGGACGACUGCUCCCUGGCCCUGGUGUGGAAGAACAACGAACGCCUCAAGGAGUUUGUGCUGGUGGAGUCCAAGGAGCUGGAGUGUGUGGAGGACCCGGGCUCGGCCAGCGAGGCGGCCAGGGCCGGCCACUUCACGCUAGGCCAGUGCCUCAACCUCUUCACCAAGCCCGAAGUGCUGGCGCCCGAGGAAGCGUGGUACUGCCCCAAGUGCAAGCAGCAUCGCGAGGCCUCCAAGCAGCUCAUGCUCUGGCGCCUGCCCAACGUGCUCAUCAUCCAGCUCAAGCGCUUCUCCUUCCGCAGCUUCAUCUGGAGGGACAAGAUCAACGACAUGGUGGAGUUCCCGGUCCGGAGCCUGGACUUGAGCAAGUUCUGCAUUGGGCAGAAGGAGGAGCAGCAGCAGCAGCCCAUGUACGACCUGUAUGCGGUGAUCAAUCACUACGGCGGGAUGAUCGGCGGGCACUACACGGCCUACGCCCGGCUGCCCAGCGACAAGACCAGCCAGCGCAGCGACGUGGGCUGGCGGCUCUUUGACGACAGCACGGUGACCACAGUGGACGAGAGCCAGGUGGUGACGAGAUACGCGUACGUCCUCUUCUACCGCCGGCGGAACUCUCCCGUGGGGCGCCCCCCGGAGCACCGGCCAGACAUGGCUGCCGCCGCCGAGCCAGCCGCCAGCCAGGCUUCUCUGAUCUGGCAGGAACUGGAGGCCGAAGAGGACGAGGAGCCCGAGGCUCACAGGAGGCAUGCCAGGACGCCCUGCCAGCCCCGUGGCCAGAAGGCAAGCCAGGCCGCCCGGCAGCACGCUGACGAAGGCUGCCUCCGAUACGUUGUGCUGGGCACCAUGGCAGCCAUUGUGGCACUCUUCCUAAAUGUCUUCUACCCCCUCAUCUCCCAGAGCCGCUGGAGAUAGGCACUGGGAGGGCAGCCCUGACCAGUUCCAGCCGCCCUGGCGAGGGCUGCUCUGUGCCAAGGGCAGUGGGACACCUCGCCAGGUAGGUGCUGGAGUGAGCCCUGCUGCCGUGAUGCCCACCAUGGAGACCUCGCCGGGCAGCCUUCCUUGCAGGGUCCCGCUCUGCAGCGUACGCGGCCAGGCUCCGUCCGGCUCCUGGGGAGCGGGACUCUCCAGGCUGCUCUGCCCGUCGGCCGGGGCCGCCCUCCGGCAGCAUGUGCUCUGGGGUGCAAGCAGCCGGAACGGCAGACCAGCGGAGCGCAGCUGGGCCUGCAGCGUGCUCCUAGCCUGGGAGGUCGGAUCGCUGCUGGUGCUGCCGGCCCCGGGGAUGGCCAAGCAGUAGUGAGGCUGGGACUGGUGCAGAGCGAGCUCCCGCUGAGCCUAGCGCUCCCUCGUGCUAGCCGUGGGCUCUGCUCCUGGCGUGCUGGGGUGCCCGUGGCUCCGGGCGUGGUGCUGCCCGGAGGUGGCUGGCCUCAGGGCCCAUCACACACAGAGUUGUUUGGGCUCAUGCCCGCUGGACUUGGCUGCCUCCCUGACGAUUGGCCCGCUGGCUGCGGCCUUGUGACUAAUAGUCCCCAGUGUGCAGCAGGUCUGCCUGCUCUGCCCCCGUGUGGUGUGCCGGCCGGGAGUCCCACGGCCUGGGUGGGCUGAGCCUUGGCCACGGUCCAGUCUCCCUGCCCUGCCUGGGGAAAGCCUGCCUGGCGCUGGGCCCAGGGAGACAAGUUCCUGCCAGGACGGCAGCAAAGGGCCCUCCGUUGUGUACUGUAUGGACCAUCUGAAUAAAGCCGGGCUGUCCCAGUCAUGCGGUGCCCGUCUCCUUUCUCUGCAGCAGGGAAUGACUCGCCAGGGGCCGAGGGAACUGGCACCAGACCCCCAUCUCUGCCGUAGUCGCGCCACCGCGUGCCGCACUCUGCUCAGCCAUCCUUGGGCUGCUCCUCACACCCGUGCUGCUGCCCAGCCUGCGGGCCUGAGAGCUGCAUGGUAGAGCCAGCCCACCCCACGCUGCAGCUCCGCUGAGAACGGCCUGCCAAGCGCCAGGGCAGGUGGGAAACGGGGGCUCCGAGCAGGCGUGCGCUGGGCUGGGCUGCGGCGGAGAGGAGCCCUGCUAACGCUGCAGAGGGACGUCAGCAGAGCUGUG